AUGAAAGAGUAUUUAGUAGCUUCGUUACUAUUCUUCUAUUUGGUAACUUAUUCUUCAGCAACUCUUGUCGAUGGAAUUGUUACACUUUCUUGGUCGCCAAAUGAACAAGUUCCAAUAGUCGAUCGGUUUUUAACAAGUAACACUAAAAUUGAAUUAAAAAUUCUUUGUCGUGAAGUAUUAUCGAACGCAAGUGUAACUCGAGAUCAAAUUAAAAAGAAAUUAUAUAAAUUAGACCAGACAAUUAAAGACACAACUAUUAAAGUUCGUGGUCGCAUUGGUCGUAUUGUUGGAUGUUUACCAUUACAAUCGGACGCAUUAAUAAGUACACCAAAAGAAGAUAAAAAUUUACAAAAAGAUUUUUGGGAAUUGUAUUAUGAACAAAUAUGGAAAGAAAUGGAGCAACGAACAUUUACAGCAACACAGUCAGAUUGUGAUUAUUCUGGAACACAUUUAUAUAUUGAAGAGUAUUCAGAUAUUAAAAAACCAGAAAUUUCACCAGAACAAGCUAGUAAUUUAAGAUCACAACGAACAGAAACGAAUAAAAAAAAAAAAAUCCGACGUGCUUCAAAAGAACAAUCAUCACCUUUAGCUAACGGUUUACGUUCAAAUACAGGAACAUUAUCAACAUGGAGUGAUGGAUAUUAUCUUAUUGAAAUUUAUGCACCCGAAGUAACAGGUUCAGACAAUCCUACAUUUGAUGUUGAUGUUACUGUAUCAAUGAAAAAUCGUCAUGGUGGUUAUAUCACAGCUGAUGAAUAUCCAGCUUUAGUUUUUUAUGCGGUAAUGUGUGCUAUUUAUGCACUAUUUGCUAUAUUAUGGUUUGUUUGGUGUGCUUUCUAUUGGAAAGAAUUACUCAAAAUACAAUUUGCUAUUGGAGGUGUUAUUCUUAUUGGUAUGGUCGAAAAAUCAGCUUUUUUAGCUGAAUACGAUACAUUAAAUAGAAAUGGAUAUAAAGUUCAUUAUGCGAUUGUUACAGCAGAAGUUUUAUCAUGUUUAAAACGUGCUGUAUCACGUAUGCUUGUUAUUAUUGUUGCACUUGGCUAUGGUUUUGUUAAACCACGUUUGGGACCAUUAAAACAAAAACUUAUUGCUAUGGGAAUACUUUAUUUUGGAAUAGCUACAACAGAAGCGAUUCUUCGAAUAAAUACAAAACAUGAUGAAACAAAUAAUAAAAUAUUAAUAUCACGCAUACCAUUGGCUGUGAUUGAUGCUUUGAUGUAUUAUUGGAUAUUUACUAGUUUAGUUGCAACAACAAGAGCAUUACGUUUAAGAAAGAAUUUACUUAAAUUAAAUGUUUAUCGACAUUUUACAAAUACAAUCUUGUUUGCUAUUGCUGCGAGUGUAUUAUUUAUGAUUUGGUCGUUGAAAUCGCAUCUUUUUACAACAUGUAUAACGAAUUGGAGAGAAUUUUGGGUCGAUGAUGCAUUUUGGCAUAUUUUAUUUUCCAUAAUUCUUCUUGUAAUUAUGUUUUUAUUCCGCCCAUCGAACAAUAAUCAACGUUAUGCUUUUGUGCCACUACUCGAUCACUCAGACAACGACGACAAUGAAGAAGAUGAAGAAGAUGAAGAAAAAGGCGAAUCCACUGUCUUUGAUUCGAUAACAAUGCGUAAGACGUCAAACGUUGAAAGUGGUGCAUCAUCUAAAAAUAAAAAACAACAACAGGCAUUCUUAAAUCGUGAAGCAAAUGUAUCAGGAGGUGGUGUUGGAGGUUCAUCAGGUACUAAUACUGUUGAAGAUGCUUUAUCAUGGGUUGAAAAUAAUAUUCCUACGUCCAUUGCUGAUCAAGCACUACAAGCAUUAGACAGUGAAGAAGAAAUAGCCAAUGCAAAAUUAGAACGAUCAAAAAUGCAGUAA